AUGGGGAGGGAAGAUUCUAUAACAAUAAGAGCACCUUCACCAGGCUUGAUUGAUGCUGAUGAUGACAAUCUGAAAUUCAGUAACGGGGAUAAUUCAGUAUCGGAGAUAACAUUAACCAGAAAAGUGUGCAUCGAGUCUACGCUUGUUGAUUCCUUCUUACAGACCCUGCGUCACAUCAGUGACGACAAAAUAAAGCAGCGGCUAAACAGCUACAAUAAACAAACCGUGACAAAUAGCGACAAGCUGCAGAACUGUAAUACAUUCGUUCAAAAUGAACUGUUCCCCAACUGGGAGGCUAGGUCCAAGGCAAUUACAUUCUGUCAGCGUCAAGCUGAUGAACUGAAAGCCGAACUGGACGUGAAGUAUGCAGAAAGUUCUAAUGCAAAAACGGUAGCAGUUGAUGCGAGGUUAGAUCCCUACGGCGAGCGUGAUCUGCUGGAUGAACAGGAAUCAAAAUACUCCUCAUGGAGUCGAUUGAACGACUGGGUCAAAAAUAGUCUGAUUGUAGAGUCCAUACUACAAAAUACAAGUGACCACACUCUGAAGCGACAAUGUGACGCAAGCGAGGAUUAUUUGGAAAAGUUCAAGGCGCUGAAUAAGUCUCUGACAAAAUAA